CGUAAGGAUCGAUAACAGAAAGCGUGCACAUUCCAUGCAUUCGCUGGAAAUUGAGCACGUAGUAUUAAAACCGGCGAGGGAGGCGCGAGAGAGAUAGGUGCCUGCGUGAGGCGAGGGCAAAUUACUAUUUAUUGACGAAAAUUUCAAGAAAAUUUUAUGAACUCGCUUGCUUUGGUGUCCUGAAGGAGGUCCGUCCACACUCAUAGAAUUCAAGGUGGACGUAUCUCCAGCAUGUCGGUCCCAGUGCGAGCGACGGUGGCCGCGCGACUCGCAGACGCCCUCUCCGGACUGGGUUCUCCGGCUCCGGGCGCUGCUGAGCUGCUGCGACAGCUGACUGUGACCCGCGGACCGCACGCCAGCCUAACUCUGGCCACCGCGGCACUGCCGGCCGGCGCGGCACAACACCUGCGCGCGGCGCUCCCCUCCUCCACCGGGCUGGUACGGGCGGUCGAGGAGGGCCGACGCGGCCAGCUGCUGCUCGAACUGGAACCAGUGCAGUUCCGACGAGAUGUCCUGGGUGGCAUAGCUCGACAGCCGGACGCGUUCUGGCGCGGCGCGCUCACGGAAGUGGCCGCCGGCGAGCCAGCGCUAGUCGAGUUCAGCUCACCUAACAUCGCUAAGCCCUUUCACGUCGGUCACCUGCGCUCCACUGUGGUCGGAAACUUUGUGUGUAACGUGCUGGCGGCGGUGGGGCCGGCUCCUGUGCGGUUGAACUAUCUGGGUGACUGGGGCGCUCAGUUCGGUCUGCUCUCCGCCGGCUGUGAGGCGGCUGGCCUGGACGCGGAGACUCUCGGUGAUGAUGGUAUCUCACGUCUGCUUGAGGUUUAUAUUGACACGUGUCGACGAGCGGAGACGGAGCCGGCGGUACGCGAGGCGUCGCGCAGAGCGUUCCACCGGCUGGAGAUGGGAGAUGCAACGGAACGCCGCCGCUGGGCCGCCUGCCGCCGACUCAGCCUCGACAGUCUCCGAGCCGCCUACCAGCGCCUCGCUGUCACAUUCGACGCGUUCGACGGAGAAUCCAUGUACCCGGCGUCCAAGUGUGAGUCAGUCAUGACGCGGUUAGACGAGAGCGGCGCGCUGGUGCAGCGCGGCGGAGCCACAGUGGCGGUGCUGGAGGGCGGUGGCGAGGCGACUCUAGCGCGUGCCGAUGGAUCCACCGUGUAUCUAACGCGUGAUCUGGCGGCUGCCGAGGACCGAUACCGCCGAUUCGGCCGCCGUCGGCUGCUCUAUGUGGUCGACGCCGGCCAGGCGGUGCACUUUGCCAACCUGCGCGCGCUGCUGUCACAGCUCGGUCACGACUGGGCGGGUGGCGUGCAGCACGUGCCCUUCGGUCUAAUACGCGGCAUGAGCACACGCCGCGGGGAAGCCGUCUUUAUGCACGACCUGUUGGAUGAAGCCCGUGAGCGAAUGCUGGAACGUCAGCGCGCCUCCCCCAACACCGCUCACCUGGAGAACCCUGAGGGCACCGCCGACGUGGUUGGCAUAUCUGCUGUGAUCAUUCACGACCUGCGACAGCGCCGGCAGCGCAGCUACGAUUUCAGCUGGGAGGCGGCUCUGCGGCCGAGCGGUGACGGCGGGGUGCGGCUCCAGUAUCUCCACGCGCGCCUCUGUAGCCUGGAGCGGCGUUGCGGCGUGGCACUGAACCCAGAAGCGGACGCGGCGCUGCUAGUGGAACCAGAGGCUACCGCGCUGGUCGCCGAGCUGGCCCGAUACGAGGAGGCGCUAGUGGCCAGCCACGAUCAACUAGAGCCAUGUAAAAUUGUCACCUACCUAUUCGGACUGGCUAACACGCUGGGCCGUGCGCUGACGCGUCUGCCCGUGAAGGGUGCUCCGAGGGCAGAGGCUGAGGCACGUCUGCUAGUAUUUCACGCCGGUCGUCUCACACUGGCACAGGGGAUGAAGGUGUUGGGGCUCAGGCCGCUGGAAAGGAUGUGAUGUAACUUAUAUCACUUUCACUGUCGCGUGAGAUGAGAGCUGCCCAAGUUACGAUAGUGUGCGAAUUCGGAGCGAGAAAUGGCAUGUCUGGAGAGGUGUCAGAGACGUGAAGUGGUGCGUGCUGCAGUUCUGCCUGCGCCGAUUACGCGAUUGGGUGCAAGAGCGCAGUGUCACGCCAUUCUUCACGAGAGUUGUUUUCUGUGAGCAGUGAGAUAUUCCUAGCUGGUUUUGUAAUGUGUGAACGGUAUGGAUUUUCGAUGGUCAUGUUGAAAUGUAUAGUGAAUGAAUAAAAUACCAAAACAA